GACUACCAGAAAUUGAAGUGUCAAACUGUCAAAUGAAAAUCACUGUCACUCUAACACAAUUUAAAAUUUCAAAAUAUUGUAAACCGGCGUAACGCUAUAAAUUUGUUGGAAAUUAUAAAGAAAUACAAACAUAGAAACCUAAAAUGAAUUUUACUCCGGAACUAACUGCUCUACAAGGAGUUAUGCUGUCAGCGGAUAAUAUCAACUCAUUUUCUAAACUGACUGCAAAAGGAGGUUAUGAGGACGAAAUUGAAGAAGUUAUAACAUCUAUAAAGCAUUUCUUUUGGAAAGAAAAGUAUGCAGACGAGUCUUCAUUAAUAGAAAGUGCUAUUGUAACUACACGAAAAUUUGCAUUUUAUAUAAUGCUCAAUGCUGAUUUAAGAAUAUUGGAAAGCAUGGUAGAAAUUGAUGGGAUAGAUUUUCUUAUUUGGACAAUACCAACUGUGCCCAAAUGUUUGAUGUGUGAGAUGUUUUGGAAACUGUAUAUGAAUAAAUUUGUUGGUGAAAUCAUUGCAUUCUGCUGCCCCAAACUAAGUAUAGAGGUAGCGGAAGCAUUUACAAAUCAUAUGAAAUAUCUAAAUCCAACAGAAAGUGCUGAUAAAGUAAAGCAUGUAACAGCUGCAUGCUACAAACUUAUAUGCAGGCUUAACUUUUUCAAUAUUGAUGAAAGGCUUAUAAAUUCUCUUUUAACUGUUUUCCAAAAGUGUGUUAAAUAUUUUUCUAAUCCACCCAAUGCAGGAAAACUAGAAGGACUAAGGCGAAAUCAAUUCUAUAAAUAUUUGGGGGACAGCCUUUAUAAACUGUUGCUUUUGCUCCAUGAGUGUUUGGAAGAGUUUAAUGGUACACAAAAAUAUAAAUUAAAUGAAGAAAUUGUUAUUUACAUGCUCACAUAUAAUGAGGAAAUGGUUGUAAAUAAGCAAGAUGUUAAAACUAUUGAGAGUAAUGACAUGGUUAUAGAGUGCUUGCACAAAUGUCACGAGGCAUUGAUGGAGAGUCUGCAAGAACUCGUAAUGGGUGUCAGUGUUGAUGUGUUUUGUACGUGGAGUGAAUUUGAGGAAAAUGGCAAAACCAUGCAACAAACAAUAGGAGAACUAUCAUAUAAGCUGCGUCCCAAACUGGAGAGUGUAGUCGAUCAUCCUGUGGUUCAAAUGUUAGAACAGAUAUCUUGUAAACCUGUUGAGGUAGAAGAUGUCAUCAACACCACCAGUUCUGAAGAUAUCAUUGAAAAUAUUAACACUCAAGAUAGAGUUUUGUGGCUCCAGGCAUUAUUAAAAAAAGAAAAUCUAUGUAAAGAUUUAUCUUUAGUUGAAACACUUAUUUCAAAUCUUAAUACACUUAAAGGCGAUGAUUUUUAUAAGUUAUAUGAAAUAUGCAUUGAGCACAUAAAUAAUUCUACAGAAAAUAUAGAUGCAGUAAAACUAUUAGCUGUUAAAACAUUUCAAUAUUGUGAUAUAAGUUCUAAAUAUAAUAUUUUAGAUAAAAUUUUCAUAGAGAAUUGUUUUACUGAUAAAAUGGAAACCUUAGAGUUUAAUGAAAUGACAAUAAAGAUAUUUAACAAACUCAUAGCAGCACCAGAUACAGAUUUAACUGAUGUUUUAACUGUGUUUAUCCAGAAUCCAAAGAAGAUAUUUAAUAAAAUAUUCACUUUGGCUACUGAAAAUGCACAACAAAGUGAAAUAAUGGGCAGGGUUUUGAAACAUUUGGAUAGAUAUUCCAAUUUUUAUUAUGAUCAAGACACAGAUCCAUGUUUUAUUACUAACUUGAAAGAUGUCAUUGUAGGAGAGUUAGACAAUGAAGCUAAACAAAUUAAUUUUAUUAAUUUCGUCAGUUGUGUGAAGAGCAAUAACAUUAUUUCUGGUGCCAAGCUUCUCCUUUUGGUUAUAAUGCCGAGCUUGCAUGAUGCUUUAUUGAUUAAAAGACAUGCUCAAAUUUAUAUUGCUAUUAAAAUGUUGUCUUCAGUAUAUACAUUAGACGAGUUGCUGGAAUACAGGGCGCCAAUGUUAGCAAUGGUUGCACAAGUGUUAGACAUUGAACGCUGGAAAAUGGAUACUUUUGACAAUAUUUGUCCAUCAUGCAUAGAAUUGGCAGUAAAAUUUCAAACAUCUUUAAUGGAAUCCUAUCAAAAUAGUAUACCUGAAAAGGAAGGUCUGUGGUUAAAAAGUAAGCUGAAAGACAAAAACCCGUUGAACAUGUACUAUUACAAAUUGUUAUGGGAUACUCCUGGUGAAAAUUAUUUAGAAAUAUUAACAGGCAUAAAAGUGCAUGAAGGAAUAGAUGUCGAAAACUUAACAUUUUCCUUGUCUCAAGUUUUAUGUUUCACAGUUGUCGAUGAAUGGUAUAAAUUGUGGGAUAGUUUGUCAACAUUGAAUAAUACAUUGAAAGUAGACAUUUUCCACAAGUCAUUAUGUAUGAUUGUAACAGCUGAGAAUGAUCACCGCACGGUAUCUACUUGGGCAUGUUUGUUACACUGCUUUAGAAAUUUCCUUCUAUUACUUAGGUAUAAAUACAUCCAGGAACCAGUCAACGAAUAUCAAGUGGUUAUGAUUAUUAACAAACUUACAAUCUUUGCGAAUUUAUUACAAGAAUCGGAAACUGAAGAAUUCAACUCGAUAUCAUUACCACUGCUGGCUUAUGUUGCACAAGUGACAGAGGAUCGCACCUUCGAUGUACCAACUGAAAACAUUAAAAACCGGAUGUUUGCUGAUCUCAUACAAAAAAUAUUCUCAAAGGAAAUUAUUUUAUAAACUUUAGCAACAAAUAUCAUUAUAAAAUGUUCGUUUAUUUUUUAUUGUCCUUUUCCGUACAAACACUAGAAAAAUGCAUAUAAUAGAUUAAUAUAUAAACCUCAUGGAAAGUUCCAUAAUCAAUUAAAGUGUUGGGGCAGAGGAACUAAAAAUUAGGCUUAAGAAUUAUGCAGUAACUUACACUGGAAGCCUGUUUUAUGGUGUAAGAAAACAUUGUUAAAAACUCAAAAUGUUUAUAGAAAGAAAAA